AUGUACCUGCUAAGUAGCCUUGGAAUCAAAGUGCGCAUCGUUCUGGUUGGACUCAUCCUGCUGGAAGGAGAUGAGCCUGGAUUGAAGAUUGGACACCAUGCUGACAAUAUCCUCAACAGUUUUUGCUCCUGGCAAUCUGUUUUAGUUGGGGCCAACGGCCGACAACACGACCAUGCUAUACUCCUAACAGGAACGGAUAUUUGCUCUUACAAGGACGAGCCGUGUGACACUCUCGGAUUCGCUCCAAUUGAAGGCAUGUGUAAUCGUGCACGGAGUUGUACGGUCAAUGAAGACACUGGACUCACCACGGCUUUGACUAUAGCGCAUGAAAUCGGACACAACUUCGGCAUGUUACAUGAUGGUGAGGGUAACUUUUGCACACAACAUGUCGGCAAAAUAAUGUCUCCUCAGUUAGUCGCCAAAGAUGGUCUCUUUGAAUGGUCAGUCUGCAGCAAGUCCUAUAUGAUGCAGUUUCUCAACACCCCUCAAUCUUCUUGUUUGGACGAUGUUCCCCAGUUUGUGGCUGAAAUUAAUUUCCCCACAAAAUUGCCCGGUGAAUUAUAUGAUGCAGACGUCCAAUGCAAAUGGCAAUUUGGGCCGAAGUCACGAUUUUGUAUCUACGAUUUUGGAAAAGAUUCCUGCAAAUCUUUGUGGUGUUACCGAGGCAGCGACAGAUGCGAGACAAAGUUCCUUCCAGCAGCCGAAGGCACUUCUUGUGGGUCUGGUAUGUGGUGUCGAGGCGGGAGAUGUGUAAAGUUUGGAAAAUCUGGUCCGAAGCCAAUUGACGGGCAGUGGUCAAGCUGGAGUGAAUGGAGCACUUGUUCCCGGUCAUGCGGCGGUGGAGUGACCAACAGAGAAAGAGAAUGCAACAAGCCUUUUCCCCAAUAUGGAGGGAAGCAAUGUGAAGGCGUGGCAAACGUUAGCAUGCUGUGUAACGACCAGGACUGUCCUUAUGGAAGGCAUGAUGAGUAUGACACCGAAUGUGCCUUAUUUAACAAACGUUUGGUUCAUGGUUGGUUUUAUAUUGACAUGGGAACCUUACAGGAAAAUGUACAACGUUCAGGAACCUUGCAAGUUGCCAGUGACGGGAUGAAAUGUAGUACUCAGGAAAAGUCGGUGUGUGUCAACGGUCAGUGUAAGGCAGUCGGCUGCGACAGGGUUGUGGGUUCGAAUGCCAGGAAUGAUGCGUGUGGCCAAUGCAACGGGAACAACAACACGUGUCAUGUCGUAAGAGGUUAUUUCUCGGAUCAGGUCAGCAGUAAAUCCUACUAUCCCAUUGUUGUCAUACCGAGUGGGGCUCGCCAUAUCAAAGUGCAAGAACGGGUUGCUUCACCUAACUACAUAGCCCUACGUACUGUGGACGGAAACUACUACCUUAAUGGUGAGAAAAGGGUAGCUUGGUCGGGUAUCUAUUCACGCGGAGAACAUUCGACCAAGUUUUUAUACAGGAGGCCUUACAAUAGUCCGGAAUCUUUGGAAAUCGCCGGACCUUUGAAAGAAGACAUUGUCUUGGAGCUUUUGGUCCAGAGUCGCAAUAUGGGCGUCAUGUAUGAAUAUACGAUUCCGAAGACAAAGCAAGAAUUGCAGUCAACAACCGAUAUGACCAACAACUUAGCCCAACGAUACAAGUGGGCUGUAAAGGUGACUGCAUGUUCAGAACCCUGUGCCGGUGGUGAGAAGUCAAUUGACGCCGUCUGUCUUUUGGAUCAGGAACGAGAGGUCAACGAUACUUUCUGUGAUCCUUUUAAUAAACCCCGGACAGGUAGAAUACCUUGCAACGAGAAGGCGUGUCCGCCAAGGUGGGUUUCUGGCGAAUGGAAAACUUGCACGAGCAAAUGUGGCGGAGGACGACAGUCAAGACGAGUACGGUGUCGUGAAAAAUUAUCACAAAAUAAGUCGAGACGACUGCCAAAGAAAUAUUGUGAACACAUUUCUAGGCCUACCCGGAGGCGAAAAUGCAAUGUACACGAUUGCCCUCCCAGUUGGGUGACGGGCAUGUGGACAGAAUGUACUCGAACUUGUGGAGAGGGUGUCAUCCGUCGGAAGGUCGAUUGCCGGGUCGUUAACGUGAGGCGGACAAAACGGCUACCCGUUGAUCACUGUGAACAUUUGGAGAAGCCCAACUCUACCAUGCCCUGCAAUGCUCUACAGCCAUGUCCAAGUAUUUAUGAAUGGAAAAUUACCUCUUGGUCUGCGUGUACCGCUCAUUGUGGUUUGGGUCAAGAGAAACGAGUACUAGUCUGUACAAGAUCGGAGAAUAAUCUGACCGUGUCAGUGCCAACAGAACUAUGCAAAGAGUUGGUCAAACCAAAAGAUUUGGUACUUGAACGAGAGUGCAAAGGCCCGCCAUGUCCAGAAAAGAAAGAGCCAAAACACCAAUGGCACACGUCCAUUUGGUCAGCUUGUUCUGUCAGCUGUGGCCGAGGCUACCAGAGACGGCAUGUGACAUGCGUGGACCCAGAAACACUACGUUACUCUUCUGGCUGUGACCAGAACACAGCUCCAAAGCGAUCACAGUCAUUCUUUUGGUUUUUUUCUCUCUCUCUUUUUUUGGUUUCUUUCUCUUUCUCUUCCUUUUUUUUUGUUUUUUUCUCUCUCUUCCUUUUUGGUUUGUUUCUUUUCUCUCUCUUCCUUUUUGGUUUGUUUUCUCUCUCUCUUCCUUUUUGGUUUGUUUUUCUUUCUCUCUUCCUUUUUGGUUUGUUUCUUUUUCUCUCUCUUUUUCUUUUUUUCUUUCUUCUCUCUUUCUUUUUGGUUUGUUUCUCUCUCUCUCUUCUCUUUUUCUUUUGUUUCUUUCUCUCUUUCUUCUUUUUUUUUUUCUUUUUUUUUCUCUCUCUCUUCCUUUUUUUUGUUUUUUUCUUUCUCUCUCUUCUUUUUUCUUUUUUUCUUUCUCUCUCUCUCUCUUUUUGUUUGUUUUUUUCUCUCUCUCUUCUUUUUUUUCUUUUUCUUUCUCUCUUCCUUUUGGUUUCUUUUUUUUUUCUCUUUUUCUCUUCCUUUUUUGGUUUCUUUCUUUUUUUUGGUUUGUUUUUCUUCUCUUCUCUUUUUCUUUGUUUUUUCUCUCUCUCUUUUCCUUUUUUGGUUUCUUUUUCUUUCUCUCUCUUUCUUUUGAUUUUUUUUUCUCUCUUCUUUUUUUUUUUCUUUUUUCUCUCUUCCUUUUUUUUCUUUCUCUUUGUUCUCUCUUUUUUUUGGUUUCUUUCUCUCUCUCUUUCUUGGUUUUUUGUUUCUCUCUCUCUCUCUUCCUUUUGGUUUGUUUCUUUCUCUCUCUCUCUUCUUUUUUUUGGUUUCUUUCUUUCUCUCUUCUCUCUUUUUUGGUUUCUUUUUCUUUCUCUCUCUCUCUUCCUUUUUGGUUUGUUUUUUUCUCUCUCUCUCUUCCUUUUUGGUUUUUCUUUUUUCUCUCUCUCUCUUCCUUUUUGGUUUUUUCUUUUUCUCUCUCUUCCUUUUUUUUUUGUUUCUUUUUCUCUCUCUCUUCCUUUUUGGUUUGUUUCUUUCUCUCUCUCUUCCUUUUUGGUUUUUUUCUUUUCUCUCUUCCUUUUGGUCUCUCUCUCUCUUCCUUCCUUUUUGGUUUUUUUUUUCUUCCUUUUUCUUUCUCUCUUCCUUUUUUGGUUUGUUUUCUUUCUCUCUCUCUUUCCUUUUAGUUUUGUUUCUUUCUCUCUCUUCUUCCUUUUGGUUUGUUUCUUUUCUCUCUCUCUCUUCCUUUUUGGUUUGUUUCUUUUCUCUCUCUUCCUUUUUUUGGUUUGUUUCUUUUCUCUCUUUCUUUUUGGUUUGUUUUUUUCUCUCUCUUUUUUUUUUGUUUUUUUUCUCUCUCUCUUCCUUUUUGGUUUGUUUAUUUCUUUCUCUUCUUUUUCUUUCUUUUUUUGGUUUCUUUUUUUGGUUUGUUUCUUUCUCUUCCUUUUUUGGUUUGUUUCUUUCUGUCUUUCUUCAAGCUCAAUCUUCAUGUUCUAA